GCUUAAUAAGGAAGCAAGCAAAAAAGAGAUUGUCGUUUCAAUAGUUAGCGUUGUUGAUAUACGUUCGGGCUGAGAGCUUGGCAUCCAUUUGGCGUGCAUUUAGAUGCAAACAAGUUCUCUCCAUAAGGAAAAUGGUGUUUUUUUUCUUAACUUGCUACAGAGUAUAGCUUUUCAAAAAAAUUUCAGAAUCUACAUUUUGAAACAAAACAUUUACAUUUGAACAUAUUUCUCAGCUGAACUACUUUUUAACAUCACGCUUAUGAUUUUUAGCAUUUCGCUAUAUUCAUGUCUUAUUCAAGAUAGUUUUGUUUACGGAGAAUUAAAAAAAAGAAAUUCCCUCAGUGACUUUUAUUAAGCAUGGACUUCAUUGAUGACCAUCACGAAUACUGUUCCGCCGGCUACGAUCCAGAAGAUAUUGUCAUUACUGGUGUAGCCGGUCGUUUUCCAGAAUGUCAUUCUGUCGGAGAACUAUUCGAGGGUCUCAUGAACAAGAAACAAUUGAUUGUCUACUCUGAUGAACGCUUUGAAAAAGGUGCUGCAAAGCUGCCAUUUAGCUCAGCAGGUGUUAUCUCAGGUCUAGAUAAAUUCGAUGCCGAUUACUUUUGUGUUCCAUAUGAAGCAGUGAAUGCCUUUGACCCAGCAACAAGAAAAGUUAUCGAGAUCAGCUAUGAAGCCAUAGUAGAUUCUGGUUUUGAUCCAACAAGUUUGAGAGGAGCAAAGAUUGGAGUGUAUAAUGCGACAACAAACGAUGAUUCUCAACUUCUUACACUGAGCGAUGAAAAAAAAUUAACUGGAUUUUCUUGGUUGAGGUGUCUACAUGCUAACAGAGUGUCGUAUGCAUUCGAUUUCUUGGGUCCUAGCUAUUCAGUGGACACAGCUUGCUCCUCGUCAGCUGUUGCAAUUUGGGCCGCCAUGAAGGAUCUAGUAGAAAACCGAGUAGAAGCUGCUGUGGUAAAUGCUUGUCAACUGGACAUGAACCCUAACAUCACACUAGCGUAUUUGAAACAUGGCAUCUGUUCUCCAACGGGAUGCAACAGCAUGCCGUUUGAUGCAAACACUGAUGGUAUGAAUAGAACGGAGGCAGUGGCAGCUAUAUUCAUUCAAAAAGCAAAACAUGCUAGAAGAGUCUAUGCUAAAAUUUCUUCAGCAAAGUUUGUAACAUCUGGAUACGUUCCUGAAGGCAUAUCUGUACCAUCUCAGAAAAUGCAAAUCCAGCUAUCCCAGGAAAUUUUGUCGGAGAAUGGUUUGAAACCGGAUGAUAUAGACUACUUUGAAGGUCAUGGUACCGGAUCACAUGUUGGUGAUCCUAUUGAAUUGAAUGCUAUUGCCCAAGUGUAUUGCAAAAACGGAAGGAAGAGACCUAUGUAUGUUGGAUCAGUAAAAAGCAAUAUUGGACAUACAGAAGCUUGUGCUGGUCUCUGCAGCAUUAUCAAAACUUGCAUGGCACUAGAUAGAGGAAUGAUUCCCCCAAACUACAAAUGGAGCACACCAAACUCCCUCUGUCAGGAAAUGGUCGAAGGCAAAGUAAAAGUUGUGACGGAACCAAUGCCUGUCGUCUCACAGUAUAUCCCUGUAAACUCCUUCGGCUUAGCUGGCACAAUAGUGCAAAUCCUCCUCAGACAGCAUUCGAAAACUUUAGAAGACAGUCCGAAUAAAAAAUCUCCCCUUCCAAGGUUUCUGCUGUAUUCUGGAACAGUGGAGAGCGCUGUACAAUAUGUGUUCGAUUACGUGAAAGAUAAUCCAAACUUGCCGGAUGAAUUUUUUGCUCUCCUUCACAAGUUAUCAUUCUGCCCAACUCUCCUGAAACCUAUAAGGGGUUAUGCUCUUUACAAAGAUCAAUCUAAUCCCGUAACAAGUAUGAAGCUGUGUUUGCCAAAUAAAAGACCCGUAUGGUACAUAUAUACCGGUAUGGGAUGUCAAUGGCAAGGUAUGGGUCUACAGCUUAUGGUAUUCGAUGCAUACGCAAAAUCUUUGCGACGAUGUGCUGAAGUCUUGAAACCUUUCGGGAUUGACCUUUUUAAAGAUUUGUCUCCUGAUACGAAUGAAAUGGAAAUAUCGAGAAGAGGUAUCAGCCCCGUCACUUCAAUUACAGCGAUUCAAAUAGCUAUGACAGAUUUAUUGACUUCCUUGGGCAUUAAACCAGAUGGAAUAAUUGGCCAUAGCACUGGAGAAUGUGCUUCUGCCUAUGGGGACGGAAGUGCUACUUUAGAGGAAACUUUGCUUGUAGCGUAUUUCAGGUGCUUUUCAGCUGAGCAAUCAAAUCUAGAGCAUGGAGCAAUGGCGGCCGUUGGUUUAAGUUGGGAAGAGACAAUGAAGCGGUGCCCAAAAGAUGUCUUUGCUGCAUGUCAUAAUGCCAAUGACUCUACAACGAUAUCCGGAGCAGAGGAUGCCGUGAAGAAUUUUGCAAAAAAGUUGAAAGAAGAAAGAAUUUUCGUUAGAGUUUUUGACUCGUAUGGCUGUGCUUUACAUUGCCCACUUAUUAAACCAGCUUUGAAACUUCUGAGAGAGAAACUUCUUCAAGUCUUCACGAAUCCUAAAGAGAGGUCAUCCAAAUGGAUUAGUAGUUCCUACCCAGAGAAUGAAUGGGGAACAGAAGAAUGCAAGUAUGCUGGAGCAGACUAUUUCACUCAUAACAUGAUAGCACCGGUUCUAUUCAGAGAUGCUAUGCGUAAAAUACCAUCAGAUGCGAUCACAAUUGAAAUAGGACCUCAUCAUCUGUUGCAACCUAUCAUGAGACGAGAUCUCGGAUCAGGAAGCAGUUACAUCGGUCUGAUGAGACGCAAUGAUCCAGAUAAUGCGAAAUUCUUCUUUGAAGCAAUCGGAAAAAUGUAUCAAGAAGGAAUGGAUCCAAAGGUUGAGAACUUAUAUCCUCCAGUUCAAUUCCCAGUUCCUCGAGGAGUUCCAUUAAUAUCAGAUUUGAUUCGAUGGAACUACUCUAUGUCGUUUGAUGUUCCCAAAUGGUCUCGAUCAGCAGGAACAUCCAAUCACAUAUUCGCUCUAGACAAAGAAGACAGCUACCUGAUGGACCAUUUCAUUGAUGGAAGAGCACUCUUUCCGGCUGCUGGAUAUAUAUACCUUGCUUGGGACAUGUUAGCCUCAAAGCUCCAAAAGAAUUUUAAUGAAAUGCCAGUAAUUAUAGAAAACUUCAAAAUACACCGAGCAACAGUUAUUACUCAGAAAAGUAUGGUAAAAUUCUCUUUCACCGUCUUCAGUGAUAGUGGUAACUUUGAAAUAAUUGAAAGCAAUCAAUUAGUGGCCAGUGGUAGAGUUUAUGAGUGGGAAAAAGCUACUUUCUUGGAGCCAGAGCCAACUUAUGAGAGCAGUACUGAUGCCGUGGAUGCAUCAGAUAUAUACAAUGAGCUGAAAAUGGUUGGCUACGAGUACAAACAAGCUUUUCAAGCACUCUCCGAGAUUAACUUGGAUGGUACACAGGGUCUUCUCAAAUGGGAAGAUCGUUGGAUACCAUUUUUGGAUGCCUUGCUGCUUUUCUUUGGCUUAAUAAAUAACAAGGGAGAUUUCCAAUUACCCACAGGGGCUUUGUCCUUCAAAAUUGACCCCAGACUUUUGUAUGAAAAGGUUGAUGAAAACAGUGAAAACUUCGAAAUCAAAAUACCAGUGAAUUAUAAUCAAGAUACUAAAAUAUGCCGUUCAGCAGGCAUUGAAAUCAUAAAUUUGCAAACUGAUCCAGCACCACAUCGUCCAAAGGACGAUCAACCAACUCUCGAAGAAUACAAAUUUAUUCCGUACAUCAGUGAUUUCACCCCAGGUAAAGAUUUGGAAUCAAAACUGUUGAAAUACAUGUGGGCCUGCAACAGUUUAAUCGAUGACAUUGGAAUAAAACAAAAGACUGAUGUUCGAUCCUACAAAUUUAACAUCGGAUCUAACCAUGAUUUCCGUUACGAUAAUUGUAGAUUGUCUGCACCAGAACAAAAUGGUUUGUUGAGGUGUCUCGAAGACAUUGCCGGUAGCUCUUUUGACUUGAAAAACAAGAAAAAAGAACUUCUAAUUCAAUUCCGCAAAGAAGCUAGUCGAGAUUUUUUGAAUACCAUAAUGGCAACGGAAUAUCCCUUGAGAAUAAUGAUGGAAAUUUUAACUGAAAAUACAUUUGGAAAGUUAAAUGCCUUGGAGGUAAAUAGCUCAGGGUUCGCAGUGGUGCUACCAAAAAUUAUCGAUCUCAUGCAGAAAUAUUCUCACAUGAAGUUUAGAAGCAGUAUCCUAAUCCAUUCAGCAAGCGUUGAAGUGGAUGUAAAUGAACUGAGCGCUAGCAACAUACACUCCCAACCUUUGGAUGUCCUAUCUAAUUAUGCCAAAGAAAAAGACCAAGACGUCGUAAUAGGCUCAUUUCUGGGUGGUUCUCUGAAAGAGUUGCAAAGUUGUGUUCAAUCGCUGGCCUCAAUCGUGAAGCCUGAAGGAUUUGUUCUAUUUUAUGUGAAAGAAAAGCACUUGCCCGCUGAAAAUCUGUUGUUGAAAUUAUACGGAGAAGAUAUUCCAAUUCAUACACGCUUGACAACUGAAAAAGUUUUUCAAGACAACAACCUGUUGGUGGUAAGCAAAAUAUUCGACACUUUCAGUACUGCUGUGUACUUACUUCGAGCACCGGGACUUCACCCUUCCUAUAAAGUAAUAAAAGUGACUGAGGAUAACAAAUACAGAUGGGUAGAUGAUGUAAAGAAGUUAUUGGCUGCUAGUGAAACGGAAUUACUGUGGCUAGUAGCUGAAGAUACUCCUGUUAAUGGCAUUGUCGGAAUGGUAAAUUGCUUAAAACAGGAACCUGGAGGAGAAAGAGUAAAAUGUAUAUUCAUCUCUCCGAAGAGUGGAGAAAAAAAACCUCCUGCCUUCAGUUUUGAUCAUGCACUAUAUAAAGGUCUUUUGGCUGGAAAUUUAACUAUGAAUAUCUGGCGUGAUGGAUCUUGGGGUUCAUUUAAACAUGUCCUUUUGGGAAAUCAGAAGCAACGUAAAACAGUGGAUCAUAGUUAUGUGAAUUGUAUGAAGUAUAGAGAUUUAUCCUCGUUCGAAUGGAUUGAAUCUCACGUGAAAUACGCUGAGAUGAAAGAUAGUAAACUUGUGCACAUUUACUAUUCAGCUUUGAAUUUCAAAGACGUUAUGUUGGCUACGGGAAGACUCUCCAUCGGAACUUCCAAAUCAAUUAACGGAAACGGUGAUGAUUCCGUUCUUGGCUUGGAGUUUUCUGGGAAAGAUGAAUCUGGUCGCAGAGUGGCCGGUGUCAUAGCUAACAGAGGUAUGGCUACAUCAACAUCCGUGCAUCCAUCAUGCUUAAUUGAGGUUCCACACAAUUGGAGCUUGGAAGAAGCUUCCACUGUUCCCGUCGUUUAUGCUACAGGCUAUUAUGCACUCAUCAUAAGAGCUCAACUAAAACGAGGUGAAAAAGUUCUCAUUCAUUCUGGCACAGGUGGAGUUGGAAUAGCAGCCAUUAACAUCGCCCUUGGAUUAGGUUGUGAGGUGUUCACUACUGUUGGAAAUGAUGAUAAAAGAAAAUAUUUAAGAAAAAUUUUCCCACAAGUGAAAGAAGAAAACAUUGGUUGUUCAAGGAAUAUUACCUUCGAAAAUAUGGUGAUGAAAAGAACUAAGGGAAAAGGUGUCGAUGUCGUUUUGAACUCUCUUGCUGGUGAUAAAUUUUUAGCUAGUGUUCGCUGUGUGGCCAAGCAUGGCAGGUUUAUAGAAAUAGGAAAAUAUGACUUGUCUUUGGACAGACAGCUAGGGUUAAAACAUUUUCUGGAGAACAUAUCCUUUCACGGUGUAUUCCUUGAUCAACUCUUUGAUAGGAAUGCUCACAAUAUUGAAGUUUUUAAUCAGAUCAUACAGUUAAUGAGAGAAGGCAUCAAAAGUGGAAUUGUAAAACCCUUGGACAGGAAAGUCUUCCAGAGAAAUGAAGUGGAAAAAGCAUUUAAAUACAUGGCUAAAGGAAUCCACGUAGGCAAAGUGGUGUUGAAGAUACGUGAUGAAGAACCUGAUAAACGAGCAGUUCCAAAACUAUUGACUUUGCCAGCCAUUCCAAAUACAUAUUUCUAUCCAGCCAAAGUAUAUAUCAUCAUCGGUGGUCUUGGGGGAUUUGGCGUUGAAGUAACAAAAUGGAUCCUCAAUCGAGGUGGCAGAAAUGUCAUACUCACAUCGAGGUACGGGGCUAGAACUUCAUAUCAGCGUCUAUGCUUGAGACGAUGGAAAGGAAUGGGUGCCAAUGUUCAAGUACUCACACUGAAUGCAGCGAUACGAGAUGAAGCUGAACAAUUAGUUAAGGAAGCAUCCAAAGUUGGCGCAGUUGGCGGAAUAUUCAAUUCAGCUGUGGUAUUGAAAGAUGCUUUCAUGGAAACACAAACGCCGAUGCAGUUUGAAGAAGUCUGUGCACCUAAAGCAAUAGCAACAAGAUAUUUAGACGAAUUCUCUAGAAAAUAUUGCCCUUCAAUAGACUAUUUUGUGUGCUUUUCUUCCAUCAGUUGUGGUCGUGGUAUUGCGGGUCAAACAAACUACGGCUAUGCUAAUUCCGUUAUGGAGAGAGUGUGUGAGCGAAGAAGGCAAGAUGGCCUCUCAGGUCUUGCCAUACAAUGGGGAAUCAUUGGGGAGGUUGGCGGUGUACAUCGUCACAUGGGAGAUAAUGCUAUGAUUGCUGGCGUUGUUGCACAAAGCGUCAAGUCUUGCUUAGACACAAUGGACUUAUUUUGCCAGGAAGACCACCCUGUUGUAUGCAGUUAUAUGGCAGCAACAACAGCUGUGAAAAAGGGAGAUUCAGUUGAUUUAAUGGGCCAAAUUACAAAAAUAUUGGGUAUAAGCGGAGAAAUUACUGAGGUCAUGCAACAAAGGAGUCUGGGGGAAAUGGGCCUGGACUCUCUCCUUGCAGUCGAAUUUGGAAACUUGCUGGAGACGCACUUCGGCUCAUCUUUAUCCAUGCAAGAAGUUUUUAAAAUGAAAUUUAGCGAUUUGGAGCAAUUAGUCCGAGAAGCUCAAGAAACUGCAACAUCGUCCGUGAAACCAUCUUCAAAUCUUGUGUCCACCACAGACAUAAAACUACCAUCGAUGACCAUCAACGAACCUGUGUUUCAACUCACGAAGUUUACAGCCGGAAUUCCAGUUGUCAUAGUUAACAUAGGAAAUACGGACGUUGGAAUUUUCUCUUUGUUAACGAAGUCAUUUGAAAAGCCCUUUUACACAUUGCAGUGGACGAACAACAUUGAAGCCAAUAACAUGGAAGAACUCGCAGCUUAUUUCUUAAAGUUAAUCAAGCCCAAAACAAGAGGAAUCUUUCACUUGAUCGGGUAUUCGAUGGGAAGUGGUUUAGCAAUCGAAAUGGCCAAGCAGGAUCCCCGAAGCGUAAACACACUAACCCUUCUUGACGGAACAGCGAACCUUCUUAAAGUUAACAACAAUGAAAUCAAUUGUGAUCCUGAAGUAAACUCCCUUCUCAAAUUUGUAGCUCAGUUUUCUUCCAUUGAUAACAACACGCUGAAAGACGAAUUAAUCAAAGCUGAAACUUAUGAACAAAGAGUGAAAUGUGUGACAAACUUUUUAACCUCUAUAGAUAGCAUGAACAAAGAUGAAUUGAGUGAUGCCAUUUCUCAAUUUGUUCAGAAAGACAAAAUUAUUCAGUCUUAUAUUCCCUCGGGAAGACUACAAAGAGAUAUCUUACUUAUUGAAGAUCCAAUGAAAACGCUUGCGAAUGAUGUCACUAAAAUCAAGAGGCAGUUUUCUCAGAUGGUUAGUGGAAAGGUGACAGUUCACAGGGUGAUAUCCGAGAAAGACUACACAAAUAAAGACUCUGUUAGCAAACUGGUUAAAGUCCUCUGCGACGAAAUAUUUAUAAAAGAAAUCAAUUGAGUACGGGGUCUUUUUUUAGAACUUAAAUUAAGAUAUUUGUAAAACUAUUUAAGCAUUAAAGAUUUCUUUUUCACAAGCCUAUUUUUGACAUCAUUUUAGCAUCAUAUAUGACAUUUUGACAUCAUGAAUGACAUAAAAAAGAUCAAUAAAUGGUAUUUGACAAUAA